GCAGUUCACCAUGAUAACCAUAGUUUCUGCAUAAAUACCAUAGCUGAGUUAUUGUUUCUGUAGUAAAAGUAUUCUGAGAGCUUCUUACACUAUUGGAAGCAGAUCCCAUAUUCAUUUAUUAGUAGUAACAAUUAUUGCAGUUACAGGUUACUAUGGUACAAUUUUGGGCUGUCAAAUUAAUAAUGGGUGUCACAAAAUUAGCAAAUAAUCAUGGCAUACUUAAACUAUUGUUAGAAUGGAAGAGAACACUUGUCGCUGACAAGAGCUUUAGGCAAUACUCCCUGGUGUUAGGUUAGGGUCACCGGGGUUAGGAAAAGCCCUGCAGCUAUUUAUAAGGUUUCACACAACCUGCACCUACCCUGCAGCAACUGUACAUACCAAGAAAUAACUGCUUUUGCAGUAUAAAUGAACUGUGUGUACAAGUGCUGAUCUUCAUUAGAGGUUUAGACAUAGAUCUUGACUAUGUCAUCUGAUCAUGAUCAAUAAACUUCCUCACUUCUAUGGUUCAAAGUUAGUUUACUGAGAAUUACUCCAGGACAGAACAUAUACAUGCUUAUAAGGCCUGUAUUCACGAUUUCUGCUAUAGCUUCUAUGUGUCUGCGAAUGGCAGCCUGCGUUCACACAGUUGUUCCAUGGCCACAAGCUAUGAACAGAAUGUGUGCUUGUUUUGACAUUAAUUUCCCUAAUUCCUGGUCUUAUUGCUUAAACAAUUGAAGGAAAAAGGUCACUAAUACUUCCUGUGGUUGGAGUACCACACGAGUAAGAUCCGUUCAUUUAAGGGUUCCCACACUAGUUACUUCCAGAGCUUUGGUGUUUGUCCUCCCCUGUAAGUAAUUUGUUUUUUUUUCUCUAAACUUUUGUGCUCUGUCUGUCUCUCUCUCUUUCUCUCUCUCUCAUAAAUGAUUGUAGGUGCUAAUAGCCAGUGUAGUUACUUCCAUGUGGCGUUAGGGACUAUGCUGCUGCUAGUAGCUCUGUGCCUGGUCUGUACACAUAAAACCACCUCCACCACAAACCAUAACCAGGACGCAAACAACAAACCACAGCUUGACUACGGCAGCCUGGCACUGCCCCAGCAGCAUAUUCCAUUCUAUCUGCACAACAACAAACUUGUAGCUAAACUCUGCAAAGAGGACCCACUUUGCCCUUUUAAGGAUGCUCUGCUGCACAGGAUGGCCUGCUGGGGCUAUGAAAGGAACUGCUCCCCAGAGCACAGGUUCAGCUAUCCUGUGUGUACCAGACUUGAUUCAGGAUGGGCUAGUUCUAUUCAGACUGCCCAGGAAUUGUUCUGGAAGCAGGCAGAUUUUGGCUAUGUGAGGGAGCGACUCAAUGAGAUGAAGACGUUGUGCAAGCCAUUGAGUCCUGGGGAUUCUUCUCUGAAGUGCACAAGUCAUAUGCGGUUCUGCAGGGCCACAAACCUUUACCUGGACUUGAGGAAUCCCCGCAGAGGUCAUGAGAGGUAUAAAGAGGAUUUCUUUAAAGAGGGUGAGAUUGGUGGUCACUGCAGCCUUAAUAGUCAAGCACUUGCCUCAGAAGGGACACACAAAAGUCCUCUUCAGUCUUGGUUUGCUGAGUUGCAGACAUACUCCAAGCUUGACUUUCUCCCCUCAGAUGACAGGCAUUGUGAUGUCAUAAUCGAUAGACCCACUGUCUUCAUGAAGCUGGAUGCAGGAGUAAACAUGUAUCAUCAUUUCUGUGACUUUGUUAACCUAUACAUCUCCCAACACCUCAACAAUUCCUUCAGCCGUGACAUAAACAUCGUCAUGUGGGACACGAGUGUGUAUGGAUAUGGAGAUUUGUUCAGUGAAACGUGGCGGGCUUUCUCGGAUUAUGACAUCAUCCACCUCAAAAACUUUGACUCUAAAAGGGUGUGUUUUAGAGACGCAUUUUUCUCUCUCCUUCCGAGAAUGCGAUAUGGCCUUUUCUACAACACCCCUCUUAUCUCUAACUGCCACAGUGAGGGGAUGUUCAGGGCGUUUUCCCAGCAUGUCCUUUAUCGACUCAAUGUCCCGCAAGAGGGACCAAAGGAAGGCCAAGUUCGUGUCACAAUGUUGGCAAGAAGCACUGAGUACCGUAGGAUAAUAAACCAGCAGGAGCUUAUAAAUGCCCUGAAGAUGGUGCCUUUAUUUGAGGUCAAACUGGUGGAUUACAAAUUCAAAGAGAUGUCGUUUCUGGAGCAGAUCCACAUCACACAAAACUCUGAUAUCUUUAUUGGGAUGCAUGGAGCCGGACUGACCCACCUCCUCUUCCUUCCCGACUGGGCCGUCAUAUUCGAAUUGUACAACUGUCAGGAUGAGAGCUGCUACCGUGAUCUGGCCCGACUGAGGGGAGUCCAUUACAUGACUUGGCAGGAAAAGGACAAAGUGUUCCCUCAGGAUAAGGGUCAUCACCCUACUCUUGGAGAACAUCCUAAGUUUACCAACUACUCUUUUGAAUUAGAGGAGUUCAUGCGGUUAGUCCUGCUUGCAGCUGGGCAUGUGACCCGGCACCCACAGUGGCGAGCAAAACAAGCCAGAGAUGAACUGUAGGCUAUAAGCCAGCAGAGCACACACAGAUAGCUGAACACACUUAGACUAACCCUCCACUCCUAAAACUGUAGCUAUGCUUUACCUACAAAUGUGUUUGAUAUGUGAGUGCACAUUUUAAAAUAACAAAAAGAAAAGAAAAACCCUGUGUUGUAUACAUAUAGUUUGCGCUGUUACUUAUGGACCCUUUUCACACGUCUGCUUUCGCCAAGUGGAAGUCGUCAUCGUUGGCUGAACUUGAAUGGCGGUGAAUGGGGGACCACAGCAAAUUACAAUUUUUCUUACCCGUUUGCUCCAACUGCAAAAGAAAAAAUCAACGAUUACACUUUCACAGCUUUGCAAAGAAGGUAAAAAUAUAGAGUGCUGGAUAAUAGCAGUAAGAAGAGAGAAACAGGCCAAAUUUUCUGUCACUUCCUCAGCAGCUGUGUUAGAAGCCUUGUCGCAGCUAUGGUAACUGAUUUUUUUAAACGUAUUCCAGGGUAAUAUAAUACAAAGUACAAUGUUAUAAAUUGACACUAAAUAUUUUUUAAAUUGGAAAUGUAAAAACUUUUCUACUUUUACGUUGUUAAAGAAGGUGGAAACACGUCAUAACAGGUCUGUGAAAAGGGUCCAUUCUCUGGCUGUUAAUGUCUGCACUUGGAGUUGCUGAGUAGCUUACUGAAAAGUGCACACCUUACACCUUAAUUGGCAGGCAUAUUAGUUUGAAUGAUCAUUUUUGGGUGUUUUACUAUACCUCGCUUUUUUUUUUUUUUUGUAAGGUUACACUGUUAUAGCUGAUUUUAGUGCAGUUUUAUUAUUUAUUUCAGAAUGUUUAUGGUUGUCAUUUCAAUACGGGAAGCAAAUUCAAGGUCAACAGAUCAUUUCAAGCUUGGAAGACAUAUUUUGGGUACUGAACUGCUGUUGAGUUUGCACAAAUUGUUGCCCAAAAUUAGGCUAGGACUCUUUGUGACUGUUUGUUGUGUUGUUGAUUACAUUGUAUAACAAUCAAGCCACAUUUAAAGCAACUUUUUAUAUUGCUUUUUUAUUAUUAAUGGAGAUGACCUAAGUUUCAUAUUUAUUACAAUGUCUGUUACUGUUUCCAUUUGUAGCCAGUGAAAAUUUUGUAAAGAAAACUAUGUUUAGGGAUCCAUGAAUCCAGUCCUUUUGCACUCAUUGAGGUAUUCGCUCAGUAUUGUUUUUUUAGGGUUUUUUUUUUUGUAUCAGUUUUUUUUUAAUCUUAGACACUAAAAACUGAUAUUUGAUAUGGAUUUGUUUGUUAAUUUUUAAGUUCUUUUUUUUUUUUUUUUUUUUUUAGUUUAGGUAAAUAUAUUUAAGAAUUUCCUAUUAUUAUGUUUUAAAGAAUAUAAUUUAAUUUGGGUUUUUGACCAUUUUGCAUUUUUAAGCUUUUUAAAAUAUUUUAAAAGGUCUUAUUAUACCAUUCUCACAUAC